AUGCAGUGCUCCGUUCGUCAUGUUUCCCGGAAAAUUAUUACUCCUAGGAUCUUAGUUCCAAGGAAUAACCAAGUUAGAACUUUUUGGGAGUACGUAAAUAUGACGUUUAAUAAACCAGAUCCUGAUCGAAUUAAGCAACUUGGCCCAGAUCGUGCCUGCGCAGAAUGGGUAUUACGAAACGGUGGAAAAGUAGUAUGGGAAGGCGGAAAGAAAUUAGCUGAUUACAACUUAUUACCAUCAGAGGAAGAAGCGGUUCCAAAAUUAGUAACAAUUGAUGGCACAGACUCUUCCAUUUCACAUUAUGGCUUCCCCCAUUUAAUUGGAUGUGAGAAGUUGAGCAACAUAAUCCUUCACAAUGCAGACUACAUUGAUGACAGAGCCCUAAAAGGGCUGAGUUUUGGACAAAGUACAUUAACACAUCUUCAAGUAUCCAAGUGUGUGAAUGUCACAGAUGCUGGAUUGAAAAGCUUAAUUUCACUUAAUAAAUUAGAACUUCUAGUUUUGUUCAAUUUAGUAAGUGUUGAAAACAUAGAAGAAUGUAAGGAAUAUAUUCGGCAACAUUUGUCUAAUUGCAAAAUAAGAGACUUGAAAGAUGCCACACCUUCAAAUGAAAAACCACAAUAA